UCCCGCAGGGCUGGCACCGGUCAAUGUUUAACCGGAGCGGUGGUACCGGUUGUGUGGGCAGCCGGGGCCGGCUGGGGGUGGCCGCCGCCGGGACGGACCGGGCGCUGCGGGUACCCCGAGCACAGCGUGCUGGGGGGCGCAUGGAACCAGAGGGGGAGCGGGGCGGGGACCCCCAGCCGGACCCCCGGCCCAGAACGCUCCCACGGGGACAGGAGAGACCGUAAGUUUUUGAGGAGACGGAGGAGACAGAGGCCAUCCUGUUCUGGAGCAGCAGGCCUUGGGCAGUGACUGCCGACUGAUACAGGCAGCGAGAGGGGUGGGAGGGAACCCCAAAAAGGCUGGGGGGGGGGACAGGACCGUCCUUCUGCGGCGACAUGGUGGGGACAGUGAGCUCUGUCCCCUGCCAUGCUUCAGGGCACAGAGGAAGUGGGAGGACGGUGCGAGCACACCAUGACCGAGGGUCCCUCUACCCCAGCCCCCGGGGUGCCCGCGGGCAGACCCCCAGCCGGGGGGCACCCACCACUCUGCUGCCCUCUGUUCCCCAAAGGAGUCCUGGAGAGGAGCGGGAGCGCCCCGUGGAGGGCAGAGAGACGCGUCUGAGAGUGGUGUUAAGGGUCCGGCCACUGACCUGCACAGAGACGCGGCGAGGUGACCAGCAAGUUGUGCACAGCCUCGGUGACGGCGCCGUCCACGUAAGCGCGGCCAGGCACGAUGCCACCUUUGGCUUCAGCGCCGUGUUCGACGCCGGCGCCUCGCAGGAGGCUGUGUUCGAAGGCAGCGGGAUGAGGCAGCUGGUGGAGCUGGCCAUGGACGGCUUCUCCUGCACCGUCUUUGCCUUCGGGCAGACCGGCUCGGGGAAGACCUACACCCUGAUGGGACCCCUCGCCCAGAGCGAGGCCCAGCCGGCAUCCCCGGCUCUGCUGGGGCUGAUGCAGAGAUCCUUCACCUGCCUCCUGGAGCAGAGCCGGAGCCGUGGCUCUGACCUGGCUCUCAGCGCUUCCUACCUGGAGAUCUACAACGAACAGGUGCGGGACCUGCUGAGCCCGGGGCCACCGUGCGCCCUGCCCCUGCGCUGGAGCAAAACCCGCGGCUUCUACGUGGAGAACCAGCUCAGCGUGGAAUUCGAGAGCCUGGAGACCAUUGUCAACCUGCUCCUGCAAGGAUCCCAGAGGCGCCGGACCUCGGCCCAUGCCCUCAACAGGCACUCGAGCCGCAGCCACGCCCUUCUGACCAUCCACAUCCGCAGCCGAGCUGCCAGCUCCUGCUCCAGCAAGCAGGGCACGCUGUGCUUCGUGGACCUGGCUGGCAGCGAGCGGGUGAAGGAGACUGGCUCCAGCGGGGAGCUCUCCGUGGAGGCCAACAGCAUCAACCGCAGCCUCCUGGCACUGGGACACUGCAUCUCCCUGUUGGCCAAAUCCCGAGGGAAGCGAACACACAUCCCCUACCGGGACAGCAAGCUCACCCGGCUGCUGGCUCGCUCCCUGGGCGGCUCGGGCAUCACCCUGAUGGUCGCCUGCAUCUCCCCGUCCUCCCGCUGCCUCUCAGAGACUCUGAGCACGCUGCACUACGCCAGCCGUGCCCGGAGGGUCACCACCAGACCCCUGGCCAACAGGGUGUCCCGGGAGAAGCUGCUGCAAACCUUGGAGCAAGAAAUCCAUGCCCUGCAGCUGGAAAACCUCUCCCUGCGCCAGCAGCUGUGCCUGCCCAGAGUGCCAGUGAGGAGCACAGAGGUCACAGGGAACCCUUCAAAAGCAUGGGCAGGCUCGGGGAACAGGUACAGCCCUGCAGGGCAGCUCCCACCAGAGGGAACCCCAGCCUGGCCCAGCCUCUACGGUCUCCUGCGGGACUUCGUGGUGGAGAAUGAGCAGAUGAGAGCCACCCGCAGCUCCUGUGACAGCCAGCCCCUGCUCCGGAGUGCCCGCAGCCUCCAUGUCCCCUGCAGCCACUCGGUGAGGCACCGGCGGCCUGAAACAACACCCAGCUCUGUCCCUCGGCUGCCGAAGCUCCCUCCUGCCUCCAGCCGCCCCAGCUGCCCAGUGUGCCCACAGUGCUGCCCUGGGCCAGCUGAUGCCACCACGUUCCAGAUACAGCCCCAGGGGUCUCUUUGGACAGGGUGGCACAGCCACCUUGACCACUCUGCUCACCCCCAGGUGCUGCCAGUGCUCCCCAUGCCACAGCCAGUUCCCCCUGAGGGAAGUGCUGGUCUUCUGCCACCUGGACAGGAGGACACGGCUCUGCCUGGCUCCCGUCAGCCCCACGGGCACCCCCAGCCGCACCAGAGGAAGCGGAGUCAUGGCAGGAGCAGGAGCUUGUCCCAGCAGCACCUGCUGCACCGGGAGCUGCCAGGCCCUGAGCGCAUUCCCAGCCCCGAGGGAAGAGUCAUCCCUUCUGCACCACCGUGGCCAGGGCUGCCAGAGCCCAGAGCUGCCGGCACCGUCCCUCUCCUCCAGUGGGAAGAGGCACUGGACUGGCUGGCAGAGCAGAUCUGAGCUGCCACAGGCACACCAUGGAUGGGGCCAACAUCAGGGAUCUGGCACAGUCUGGAGGGACAACCACAGCC